ACAAAUCGAAUGCAGCCGAUAACAAUCCACCGCCUAAGUAGCAGCAGGCUGUUGUCUUUAUACGAAAUAUCGCCGAUAGGAUAGAGGUGAAGCAGCACGAUGGUCAAAUCAACCCAGAUUGCCAGGCUCGACGGCCUGAUGCUCGCAGCAUCGGUAGACGAUGACCAGGCUGAAAACGAGCUCUCUGAAAUCAAAUCCCAAGCUAAGAUGAUAUUCCGUCGAUUGAGCCGCAACUCAGCACCCCAAGCCAGCAUUGAAUCUGGGCAGUAUAAUCUACACUAUCUAAUCCAAGAUGAUGUUUGCUUCCUCUGCAUAUGCGAUCAUUCAUAUCCCCGCAAGCUUGCCUUUACAUAUCUCGCCGAUCUUGCAGCUGAAUUCACCACUACCUACUCUCCUGCUCAAUACCAGUCUCCCAAUCUGCGACCAUAUGCCUUCGUAGAAUUCGAUACUUUCAUCCAGCGCACCAAGAAACUAUACCAGGACAGUCGAGCUUCGCAGAAUCUUGACCGGUUAAAUGACGAGCUUCGAGAUGUGACCAAGGUGAUGACAAAGAAUAUUGAGGAUCUGCUCUACCGUGGAGAUAGCUUGGAGCGGAUGGGCGAACUUUCUGGCCGCCUACGAGAAGACAGCAAGAAAUACAGGAAGGCUGCAGUGCGCAUCAAUUGGGAGUUGUUGCUAAAACAGUACGGGCCGUUUGCAGGGGUCGGGUUCAUAUUCAUCUUCCUUCUCUGGUGGCGCUUCUUCUAAUUCCUCCGUGGAGCAGCCAUAUCACAUAAAUAUUCGCUUGUAUGACUGUAUGCAUAGAUAAUAAUAUCUUUGGUGGUUGCAGGACACCAUCCUUAUCCUCAACAACUUAGCCAAUCCCAAGCAAAUACACGAUCCAGUGUUUUGAUCCCAGGGUUGCCGGCUCCGCCCCGCAAAUAAAUAAUGCCCUAGCCAAUCUCAUUCGUGGUCGCCAUGCAAGACAUGCACGGAUUACGGCUAACUGGAAUGACCUCAGCUAUCAGGGUCGAAUAACAGAAGCUUGCUUGCCUACCUGCAUCACAUUCAAAUCUCGUCCUCUUCCUCGUCAAAGUCAUCUUCCUCUCCCAUAUCAUAAAGAAUACGACCCCCUUCUCCAGGGCCAUCACCAUGCUGCGCAUCAAAGUACGGCAGC